AUUUACUCGGCAAUAAGAUAUUAAAGUUUUUUGUUAGAGUUAAACCAAAAUUAUUUAGUAGCAGCCAAGACAAUUAACAUAUUAGUGUACUUAUUUUAUAUUAAACAUGUCGUAUCAACAAGCUGGCAUGCCAGAUCAAACAUUUCUUUGGGACGUAUUUCAAAGGGUUGACAAAGAUAGAAGUGGGCAUAUUUCUGCAGAUGAACUUCAAGUCGCCCUCUCUAAUGGCACGUGGUCUGCUUUCAAUCCGGAAACAGUCAGACUAAUGAUUGGGAUGUUUGAUCGGGAAAACAGAGGAACUGUUUCUUUUCAGGAUUUUGGUGCCCUUUGGAAAUACGUAACUGAUUGGCAGAAUUGUUUCCGUUCCUUUGACCGUGACAAUUCCGGUAAUAUUGACAAACAAGAACUUAAAACCGCCCUGACAUCGUUCGGUUAUCGUCUGUCCGAUCAUCUCGUUGAAGUUCUUCUUCGCAAAUUUGACCGUUUUGGUCGUGGAACCAUUCUUUUUGAUGAUUUCAUACAAUGCUGUAUUGUCCUAUAUACGUUAACAACAGCUUUCAGACAACAUGAUACCGACAUGGAUGGAGUCAUUACAAUUCACUAUGAACAGUUUCUGAGCAUGGUGUUCUCACUUAAAAUUUAAUAUUAUUUAUCUUUAUAAACAAUCGCUUCACAAUAUUUAAUGGAGAAAGGUAUAUAUAAAUGUAAAUAGUAAGUUUGACUUAACAAUUUUUAAGUCGGCUUAAUUGCCAAAAUGAAUAUGAAAGCAACCUCAAAUUUUUAACUACUUUUAUACAUUAAGCAUUUUUUAA